GCUUAAGCAGUCAUCUAUUGAAAAAGCGCGCCCUCCUGUGGCCACAACGACAACGCCAGAAUAAACCAAUCAACAUGCGUGAAACUUAGGAGCGUGUGGAGCUGUGUUGUUUUCGCGAAAUGCUGAACAAAUGAAGUGCUUUGCGUUCGUGAAAACCUCUAAAAAUUAUCGGCGAAGCUCGACAUCAAACCACUGUAGAAAAUCUGCGCGUGGUUUAUUCAGAGAGAAACCGUGCCGUGGAGCAAACCCGUACACACGCGUGGAUAUGUUGCCAUGCUGAGGCUGUUACGAGGAUCGUCCAUACCAUACAAGUGGGUUGUUCUGACUGUAUCAUGAGAGAUUCAAAGGCAUCGGAUGUUUUGCUUUCCAGACGAGCUCAGUCAGCUAUUUUGCUUCUUGCCCUGACAUGUUGAGGAGCAAGAGGGGAGGAGAUAAAAGACCAGAAAAACCGGUAAGCAGCUGGGAGUCGGAGAGAGCAUGCGAAAGGAGGAGUACAUUUCAGUCUGUCGAGCAAAAUCGUGAGAACUGCAAAAAAAGAAGAGAAUAAAAUAAAGCCACAGAGACUUACAGGAAUACAUAUGAAGUGAAAUUAAAGCCAUGGAGAAAACAUAAAGAAGAAAGAGGAUACAGUCUUUGUCAAAGACGUCUAACUUGCGGCAUGACUAAUGAUAUUGCAAAAUACAACACACCUGCAGCCAACAGUCAUCUGAGGACGCACGCUUUGAUUCUCAAUCCAGGAAACUUUUCAAUAGCAAACAUUUGCAUACACCACAACUCAUUCUGCGCUGACUACACUGCAAGCAACGGAUGAUUAAACCCAUCCCAAGUGUAUCUGCUUCGCUUCUGUGUAGGACUAUGGAAGCCGGAACGUCCUCGCGGUCCAUCCAUGUUCAACUCCAGAGGGCCAGAUGAGGCGCGCGUUACCCAGCUUGUUGCGGGGUCGGGGGUUCCACUGCCGCGAAUGGGCCCUUGAGAAGCUACAGAAAUGUUUAGAGGCACGGGACCCUGCCAAGAGAGCGGAAGGAGGAGCCCGGGGGGCCGGGGUCCUGGUAACCGGGGGACCGGGCACAGGAAAAACUGCACUUUGCACCGAAUUGGUGUGGCCCCAGUCGGAAACAUUCAAGCGGGCAGCGUUGGCAUCACGUUGUCUGGCCUGGCACUAUUGCCAGCGGGAGGAUGCGGACAGUGUUGAGGUGUGGAGGUUCGUACUGGAGCUUGUUGAACAGCUGAAGGAGAGCCCGCUUUUGGGAGCAGACUAUGUGAAAGUGAUAAGCAGUCCUGCCAUUGCUGUUGUCCUGGAUCCCGUUCACUGCCAAAGAGCACCUGAUGACACUUUUAAAAGGGCAAUUUUAGAGCCCCUCUCGUCAUUGACCCCUCCAGCUCACAGUGUGUUUAUAGUGGUGGAUUCACUAGAGUCUGGAUGUUUUGGAGGAGAUGGGGUUGGAGACGGGUUGACUUCAGGAACUAUGACCACUCCUAGUUCUUCUAUUGCAGAGCUCCUCUUCAAACACAUACAGCUUUUGCCCCCCUGGAUCUUGCUGGUCUGCUCUACACGUCGUCGAAACAAAGCCAUUUGCAAAAUGUUCUCAGGUUUUCGGAGGUUGUGUCUGGAUGACUUGAGAAAGCCUGCAACUGUACGUGAUGUACAACAAUAUAUCCUGCGGAGACUUGACCAGGACGGGACCUUGAGAAGACAGCUUACACCAGAAACGGCCGAAAUGCUUAAUCUUUUGCACAUCAAAAGUGGUGGCUGCUUCUUGUUUCUCGAACGGGUACUAGAUGGUGUCUGUAAUGGCCUGGUAGGACUUAGAGAAAUUCGGGACAUACCUGGCACUCUGAAUGGCCUUUACCUUUGGCUCUGUCAACGACUCUUUCCUCGUAGGCUGUUUGUCCAUAUUAGGCCUUUGUUAAAUAUUCUUUUGGCAUCUCCAAAACCUCUGACAGCUGAGCAACUCUACGCUAUUGCCAAAAGCCGUGACUUCUACCUUGGCCGGGGAGACUUUCAAGCACAAAUGGGGCCUCUGGCAUCACUGAUUGUAGAUGGCCCAGGGGGCAGUAAACUCCUCUUUCACAGCAGCUUUGCAGAAUGGUUAACUGAUGUUAAAUACUGCACACAAAAGUUUCUAUGUUGUGUGAAAGAUGGUCACCUUUCAUUGGCCAUGUCCCUCUCUUUUCGAGCCAGUACUUUGGGUACAGAGGAGACUUGCCAGCUGGCCCAUCACCUCCUUAACUGUGGAAUCCAUGAAAGAGAACCGACAAUGCUGGCACUGUGGUUGCUAUGGACUGGGGUUCCAGCUCUUAGUUGUGUUAGAAAAGACUAUUCUGCUAAUGUGUCACAACCACCUCAUACUUCAAAGGCACCUGUAUUGGUUCAGCAAGAUGUACUACAACUCUUAAUGAAAAGUGGAAUUUAUCCUGCAUCAUGUUCACCAGACAACAGCUACAGUGUGGGUGUACACUAUGUUGGAGGAAGAGGCAAGAUUGCUCGUCGUGUAUUCCAGAGGGAAGACUCUGUGAAGGCACUUCUUGAUAGUGGUAUCAGUGUAAACCAUACAGACCCAUUAGAUGGACGGACCUUAUUGGCAGCUGCAGCUCAUGCUGGACUUGCAGAUGUAGCUGCAUUGCUGUUAUGUCGUGGGGCAGACCCUUCACUGCAUGACAAUCAGGGACAGACAGCACUAAUACUCGCUGCCAGACAAGGCCACGUGGGUGUACUCCAGGUGUUAAUGAAUUGGGUGCAGGAGCAAGGAAUCAAGAGUCCUGCUGCCCAAACAUUGCUUGAACAUGCAGAUAAUGAGGGAUGGACUGCACUGCGCUGUGCUGCAUGGGGAGGUUACAAGGAAGCUGUAAGUGUACUUCUGGAUGCAGGGGCAGAUGUUGAUGGCUGCGAUUCAGAUGGGAGGACAGCAUUGCGAGCAGCAGCUUGGGGAGGACAUGAGGAAGUUCUGUUAACUCUUCUUGACCAUGGUGCUGAGGUAGACCGCUCGGACCGUGAAGGGCGUACUCCAUUAAUAGCUGCAGCCUACAUGGGUCACAAAGAAGCAGUGGAGAUCUUACUGAAUGCUGGUGCAAAUGUGAAUCUUGCAGAUGGAGAUGGACGUACUGCUCUCUCUGUUGCUGCAUUGUGUGUGCCAUCGGCAGCUAGAGGACGGGGACAUGGAGAAGUUGUAAGCCUUCUGUUGGAACGAGGGGCAGAUCCUGAACAUAAGGACAAGGAUGGAAUGACCCCAUUACUACUGGCAUCAUAUGAAGGGCAAGAGGAAGUGAUAGAACUCCUGUUGGAAGCUGGAGCUGAUGUGGAUGAAAGCUCUGGAGCUCAUCCUCAUGCCAUCACCCCUCUUCUUGCAGCUGCAGCAGUGGGACAUACUGGCACAGUUAACCGUUUGCUUUUCUGGGGAGCAGCAGUGGAUGGCAUUGAUGAAGAAGGCCGCACUGCUCUCUGCUUGGCUGCAGCAAAGGGCACUGUAGAAGUUGUGAGAGCAUUGCUGGACCGGGGUUUGGAUGAGAAUCACAAAGACGACUUGGGCUGGACACCACUGCAUGCUGCAGCCUGCGAGGGACACAAAAAUGUGUGUGCAAUACUGACAGAGCAAGGUAGCAUGGCACGUGUGGGUGAGCUUGAUGUGGAAGGCCGGACCCCUUUAAUUCUGGCAGCACAAGAAGGGCACUGCAGCACAGUCAGGAUGUUACUGGACCGUAAAUCACCUAUAGAUCAUCGUGCCUAUGAUGGACAUUCUGCACUCACAGCAGCUGCUUUGCAGGGGCAUAGGGACAUUCUGGAACUUCUGAUGCGUAGGGGAGCUGACACUGAUGUCCGAGAUGCUGAAGGGAGACCUCUUCUUUAUUUGCUGGUCCUGGAGGGCCAUUUAGACAUGGCCAACCUUCUCAUAGAAAAAGGUGGUGUCCCUCUUGAGUCAAAAGAUGUAGAAGGAAGAACUGCCCUUCAUGUAGCUGCAUGGAAAGGAGACUUGGAUGGUAUUGCAAUGUUGCUGAAAUAUGGUGCUGACCCAAAUGCACAAGAUCUUGAUGGUCGGCCACCUUUGCACUCUGUGGCAUGGAGAGGUCAUGCAGCUGCUGGCAGGCUGUUUCUCAGAAGCAAUGGUCUCAAAGUAGAUUUGGCUUGCAAACAGCAAGGUGCCACAGCACUUAGUAUUGCUGCUCAGGAGGGGCAUACGGAAAUUGUGGCCAUGCUUUUAGACAAAGGUGCAGAACCAGACCAUGUGGACCGCUAUGGUCGCAGCCCAGUAAAGGUAGCAGGAAAACAAGGUCAUGUUUCCAUUGUCAGACUUCUAGAGAGCUAUGGAGCAAAGCCUUUCUCAGGCAUCAUACCAUUCUCACUCAGUGGUACACCCAACACUUAUAAUUCAUCCACAGUCAGAAACCAGGUUUCCCUUAGCUCAGGAGAGGUGUGUGUCAAUGGUGUUCCAACCACCUCUUCUUCCUCCUCGACUUCUGUUUCUGCCUCCUAUUCCCCAGCAUCCACAGCAGAGCGCUUCAGUUCCACGCCUGCCUCACAAACCUCAACCUUUCACUCCCUGGCUACAGUGCAGACUGUGCCUGCUGACAGCCUAAAUUUUAUUCAACAGAUACAACAACAUUCACUUCCUCGCUCCCGCAGUCGGCCUUCCACCUUGCCUCAUCCUGGCUCCAACCAUGCCAGUCUCCAGGAUAGAGCUUCAAGGCAUAAGCAAAAGGCUGUACCCAGUAGCUGUACCACAAAUGAACAGUGCAUCAUUACUGAACUCCUAGACUCACAGAAACUCGUAAAAGGGCUUGGAUCUUCGGGGGAUGGUAACUACUUCUUAAAACCUAAAACACCUUACAUCAUAGAGGAUGUUAUUGAGAAGAGCUUUAAACAAGAUGGGGUAGACGACUUGAAGUGGAGCUCAGUAAUGGCUUCGUUAGGGGUAAUGCCAAACCAUGACAACCAAGCUAGACAAACAAAAAUGAAAGAAAGUCCCCCUAUUGGAUAUCCACCUUAUUGCCUUCAAUCCCAUGCACAAAGAGAGGAUUGGGUCAGCAUUCAAAAGACAUCCAUGUCUCCAACGAUUGACCUUUCAGCUAUUUCACCAUCUAGUGCCUUACCUGUUGAGUCCAUGUUUGACAUGACAUCUGCUGACCCCCAUCUAAAUCUCAAACAGGCCAUUAAGCUUCAGUUUGAAGGGCCAAGCAGUGCAGCACUUUACAAGCGAGAAACCCCCCUCUGAGGAAAACCUGGAUAUUAAGGAGUUCAAGGAGGUGAGGGCAGUAUGGGUAAUCACUGUACUGUGAUGACAGUAGAGGUGGAUGGCAGAUGAGAGAGUCGUACCACACUGACCUCCACCCCUCUUUAACCCAUUGACCCCAAAGCACAAAAGAAAGGGGGAGCAUAGAGGAACUUGGAUUCAAAGGCUCAAGCUUUUGUAAAUUCCAGAGCUUUUCCCCUCAUCUCAUCACAAUGGAGAGCAGCUGGCACUCCCUCAUACUUUUUUAUACAAUCACAGGAAAAUAUAUUUACAUUUAGAUGGACACUAAUGGAGAUUUACUCUGCUGAUAAUGGGCAUCAAGUCAUUUCAUGGAUAUAAUAAUUUGGCAUUAAAGAUGUGACUAAAUAGCAGUUAGUCACUUUAUUGGGUAUAUUUACAAACACAGUGUGGUUCAAUGUGUCCUUUUGAGCCUAAGACAAGUUUUCUAACAGGACAGUAAUGUUUACUUCACUGUACUGUAUCUUAGUCCUAGGUAAUGGAAACUAAAUGCACCUUCAUUUUGUAUUGCUGAAUAAUGAUAGCUAUUAAAAAUGAGGCCACACAUUUUCUGUACAUAGUUUUUUUAUUUAGUUUACACCUGGGUGUUGAGAACCCAGUACUGGACAUAAAGAGUUAAAAAGGGCUUUUUGAAAAUAUACCCAAGGAUGCCAACAAAUCUAACUGCCACCGUCACGUAUUGACUAUAUUUUAAAUGUUUUUGAUGACUUGUAAAAGUCAUUUGAAAUAUUCAUGUGCAUUUAAUUUACUUAAUUUGUGAAAAAUUAGCUGUUUGAAUUUUAAAUGUACAAAUUGUCAAGUUAUUGUUUAAUUUCGUCAACAGUGAAGUGACUUAUCAGCCAGGCAAAUGUAAUAUUUAUGGGCUUUGGGCUGAUUGAGAUUUUAAGGUGGGAUAAAAAGUUGAGAAGUUCAUCAGAAUACAGAAAGACAGUGUGAUGUGAAUUUAACAAUUUGUCAUAGGUAAUUUAUAAUGUUUAUACUUAUUGUACGUUACAUUUUAUUGACAUGCACUAAAUAAAACUAUGUUUAGGAUUAUA